AUGUCAUCUCAUCUGCGGAGACCGGCGAGUCUUGAUCAACGCGGCCAGAACCAUGAUGACAACCGUCGCACGGAAGCGGAGGGCUGCGACACUCUAAACUCUCGUCGUUCGAUAAGCAGUGGCCUCCGCUCAUUCCUCCCGCCCCUCAACUUCAUAACCCUGCAUUACGCCUACUUCAUUGGCACGACCCUCCUUGCGUCGGUAAUCUUCUACGCCUCGUCCAACCCGCACGGUAGCAUCAGCUAUGUCGACUCGCUCUUCCUCGUGGUCUCCGCCAUGACGGAGGCCGGCCUCAACACCGUCAACCUCAGCGAGAUGACCGUGUGGCAGCAGGUAAUGCUCUGGCUGCUCAUCAUCGUCGGAAGCUCCGUCUGGGUCUCCAUCUGGACGGUCGUGGCAAGGAAGCACGUCUUUGAGAAGAGUCUCCGGGAGACGGUCCAGGCCGAGAAAGAAAGAGAUCAGCAGCAUAAUCGGUUACCCAUGUUCAACCGCGGUGAUGCUGCGCCUAGAGCCAAGGGCGAGGCAAGCGUGACCGGGGUAAUGGAUCUGGGGGGUUCGAGCCAGCAUCGAUCCACGGGCAACCACAUCACGAUUGAUACGUCCGAAAACCUCACUCGCCGUUCAACGCAAUCCGUGUCUUCGAGCAUCAAGCCCACCCGCCCGUGGCUCUCGUUUCUCAGCUCUACCAAAGAAGGCCGCAACGCCCAGUUCCACUCUCUCACGGCCUCCGAACGGUCCCGGCUCGGUGGCCAUGAAUACCGCGCCCUUCGCCUGUUGUCCGUCGUUGUGCCGCUGUAUUCCGUCCUCUGGCAAGUCCUCGGCAGCCUGGCCCUCGGAGCCUGGAUAGCGAAUAACAUGCCGACAGUUGCCACAUCCAACGGCGCGAAUCCCUGGUGGGCCGGCAUCUUCUUCGCGGUCUCGGCGUUCAACAACUCGGGAAUGUCGCUCCUUGACGCCAACAUGGUACCCUUCCAGCAGGCGUACUUCGUGCUCGUUACCAUGGGCCUACUGAUUCUUGCGGGCAACACGGCGUACCCGCUGUUUCUGAGACUUAUCUUCUGGUCCGCGUUGAAGGGGCUACGGCUCACCACCGGGGAAGGAACGUAUGUGGAGCUGAAGAGUACGUUGGAGUUCAUCCUCAAGUACCCGCGACGGGUAUACACAAACCUGUUCCCAUCGAGACCAACAUGGUGGCUGUUCUUCAUGGUGGUCAUGACGAAUGGGAUCGACUGGAUGGCAUUUGAGGUCCUCAACAUCGGCAACCCGAUCAUUGAAUCGAUUCCUAUCGGCGCCCGGGUUCUGGACGGUCUGUUCCAGGCCUUUGCUGUCCGGUCGGGUGGUUUCUACGUCAUUCCCAUCGCCUCCGCCUACCCCGGGCUACAGGUUCUGUAUGUCAUCAUGAUGUACAUCUCCGUCUACCCCGUUGUCAUCACGAUGCGCCACUCCAACGUCUACGAAGAACGCUCUCUGGGUAUCUACGCCGAUGACGAGGCUCCUCUGAGUUCCUCCUCCGCCGGGGAGAGAAAGCACUCUGAUGGAAACGGGUUCCUUACUCAACUAAUCAAAGACAACCUCAGCUUUGCUGGUGUCGGUGCGGCCAAACCUAAGACGUCUGAUGGCUUCGAGUCUCGGACGAGUUUUGUAAGCCAGCAGAUUCGUGGACAGCUCGCCCACGACCUUUGGUUGCUUACACUUGCCGUGCUCAUCAUUGUCACCAUCGAGACGUCGCAUUUCUUGGAAGACCCGGUGCACUUUUCCGUCUUCAACGUCGUCUUCGAAGUGGUUUCUGGCUACGGAUGCGUGGGCAUCUCAGUGGGACUCCCCAAGGAUGCCAUGAGCUUCUCCGGCGGUUGGCAUGCGGGAAGCAAGCUUGUGUUGUGCCUCGUUAUGUUGAGAGGACGCCAUCGAGGACUACCCGUCGCUCUAGACCGGGCUGUGAGAUUGCCCGGUCAGAGGCUUUUGGAGGACGAAGAGGAGGAUUGGAGAUUGAGACGGGCUAGAAGUGGGCGAGGGUCAAGGGCAGGGUUAUUCGAUAAUUAG